AUGAAGCUAGGAACAGCCAUCUUCGCUGUGGGCGCUUUGCCGUCUCUCAUUCAAGCAUUGCCAACUUCAUCAUCAUCGUCGUCCCACACCGGCGACGUCUUGAAUCAAAUCUGGACCAGAGCUUCAUCAGCAGUCACAUCCGACCUCAAUGCCGUCAAAGACAAGACCUUUUCACACAUCGUCAUUGGCUGUGGCUUAGCCGGCAGCGUCGUGUCGGCACGCCUCAGCGAGGACAGCCAGAAUUCGGUUCUGUGCGUCGAGGCAGGCAGCGAUACCAGGUCUGCGGACAAUGUUGUGCACGCAUACAGCUAUGGAGACGUCACUUCAGAUGAAGAGAAGAACUUCAAGUACCCCCCGACAGCCAAUGGUCGGGAACUCUCUGUAUCGGCUGGAAAAGGCCUGGGUGGAUCCACCUCAAUCAACGGUCUGGCUGUCACCCGACCGCCCCAAAGCCAGAUCGACGCCUUCGGACAGGACAUUGGCACGGGCUGGUCAUGGGAAAUGCUCUUGCCCUACAUGAAGAAAGCUGAGAAAUUUGACCCUCCUUCUGAUGACCUCAAGGCUCUCGGUGCUGAUUGGGACCCCAGUGCUCACGGCACCGAUGGACCGGUUGCAGUCGGCUACCCGUCAACCUUGUACCGUGGCGAGAUUAUCAACCGAUACAGCGAAGCAAUCACCAAUACUGUGGGCACUCCCCACAUUCAGGACAGCAACAACGGAGUGCAGCCAGGAGUGUGCAGAACUCCAAACACCAUCUUGCCAGGUUCCGGGGACGCCCAGACUCGCGUUUCUGCAGCCACGGCCUACAUUACUCCGAACGAAGCGCGCAAGAAUCUAAUCUUUUUGACGGGCACCCGAGGAGAGCGUAUCAAUUGGGACGACGGCUCGGGCGAUGCCAAGGCUCAAAGCGUCAGGCUUCGCCAGGACGAGGACGGAGAAUUUGUGGACGUACCGGUUUCUGGCGCGGUGGUAGCCGCCUCUGGUGCCAUAGCGUCGCCCGUGUUUUUGCAGCUCUCCGGCAUUGGAUCUUCAGGCCUUCUCGAUGACUUGGGCAUCACGCAGAAAGUGCCUUUGGAUGGCGUUGGCAAGCAUCUGACAGAACAGACGAUGAGCAGCCUUGGUGCUGAUGGUGGCGGCGAUCCCGACGGCAAUGGUCCUUCCGGCCUGAUCGCAUACAUGUCCGUCGAUAACCUCUUUAGCAAUUCCAGUGAUGUUCGCGAAUACGUCGAGGACAACCUUGACGCAUACGCCCAAUCGGCCGUUGACGCUGGCGCAGCCGUGUCGAAGAAUGCGAUGCUAAAGCAAUUCAAGAGCCAUGUAGCUGGCAUCUUCGACAAACAAGAAGGCCUCGUGGAGCUCUUCGCGGACAAUGGAUAUCCCAGUGAUCGGGGUGGCUUGGUGUGGAACCUGUUGCCCUUCAGCCGUGGAUCCGUCUCUGCUUCUGCCAAUUCUGCAUUUGGCAACCCCCGCGUCGAUCCUCGAUACUUUUCAGCUUCAUGGGACCUCGACGUACAAAUUGAGGCUGCCAGAGCCGUUCGACGCAUCUUCCAGGCGCUUGGCGUAGACGAGACCGUUCCCGGCUUUGACGCUGGCAACGGCGGUGUUCCGGACGGCCCUCAAAAUGGCGACUACCAAGGGUGGAAGGAAUGGGUGCUGAACAAGUUCAGUUCUGUUGCGCACCCCAUGAGCACCUGCAUGAUGGCGCCAAGAGAAGAUGGAGGUGUCGUGGACAACGACUUUAAGGUGUACGGCACGAGCAACGUGUUCGUGGCCGAUGCGUCCGUGGUGCCCAUGGCCAUCUCUGCGCACCUGCAAAGCUUCCUCUAUGGAGUGGCAGAGCUUGCUGCGGACAAGAUCAAGGACAGCGCCUAGAGCUUCAUGCUCUCUUUACGCUCCUUCCAGCAGUGCGUUCCUCAAUCGUCUUCACUCCGCCGCCACUCCUCAAAAGUCGCGAGUGCUUCCAUCACUCUUCAGCACGUGUACAUGACAUCAUCCCGCUCACACAUCCAUCACCACCCGGACACUCAUCAACACUCGACUGAGACCAAAGAUCGAACUUCUGUAUCAUAUCCACGUAGCUAUGUGCGACGCGUUCACGUGAUCGCACAAGGACUUCUCACGCACAAAUGCAAACGCGGCAACCGUUGGAUUGCCGAUAGCCGUCU